CUGCGGUCGCGUCGACAGCCGGGCUCGUGUGCGAUGCAGGCGACCGCCGAGUAGUGCUCGCGCCGCGAGUGACAGCCCGCCGACACCAUGUUGACCUCCAGUGCGAACCAGUACCUCAGACCGGAAUACCUCACACCGCUCCCGACCACGCUGGACGCGAAGAAGUCGCCGCUGGCCCUGCUGGCGCAGACCUGCAGCCAGAUAGGCGCCGACUCGCCCAGCGCCAAGCCGCUCAUCCCGGCGCUGGAGAAGCCCAGCAAGGCGCCCAAGUCGGACACGCCGCGGGAGAAGUCGUCGCCCACCACCUCCUCCUCCUCGUCAGCCUCGUCGAGCGGCGGCGAGCCCGCCCCCAGGUCCAGCUUCAAGCCGUACGAGGCGUGCCCCGUGCAGCCGCCGCCGCGCGAGAAGACGCUGUCGCCCGCCGAGGACCGCGGCGCGCGCGUGCGCACGCCCGUCGCGCCGGCCAAGAGCGGCCGCUGCGGCUCCAACCACAGCGCGUCGUCGCCGCGGUCCUCCCCCGCCGUGGGGCGCAAGACCCCGGCCGACAAGCCCGCCGAGCCGGCCGCCUCCAAGGCCGCCGCCUUCUCGCCCGGCCCGCCGCCGGCCGACAAGCCGCCCGCGAGCUACCUGGCCGGCUACCCGCCGCCCUUCUCGCCGGCCGAGGCGCUCCUGCAGCACAAGCCCUACCUGGGCUACGCGCGCAUGAAGACCCCGGCCGGCGGCGACACGCUGGUCGCAGUCUGCCGCGACCCAUACUGCACGGGCUGCCAGCUCAGCUCGCAGCUGCUGGCGGCGGCGGCGGCGGCCGGCAAGGGCUGCCCCGGCGGCUGCGCGCAGUGCGACCACGCCGGCAAGCUGCCCGGCGCCGCCGCCGCCGCCGCCUAUGCGCACGCGCAGCUGGCCGCGCUGGCCGCCGCCUCGCAGCUGCCCUACGUGUGCAGCUGGGUCGGCGGCGACGCCACGUACUGCGGCAAGCGCUUCGCCGCCUCCGACGAGCUGCUGCAGCACCUGCGCACGCACACGGCCGCCUCCGAGCCGCCGCCGCCGGCGCACCCGCUGUUCCACCGCACCUACCCCACGCCGCCGCUCAGCCCGCUGGCCACGGCGAGGUACCACCCGUACGGCAAGCCGCUGCUGCCGCCCUCGCUGGGCUACCCGCUGCACCCGCACCCGGGGCUGCCGCCCUACUUCUCGCCCUACUCGCUGUACGGCCAGCGCCUGGGCGCCGCCAUGCACCCCUGAGGCGGCGGGCUGUUUGCCGGCACGACUGCCAGACUCGCUGUAGUCGCGUAUGUCGCGGAACACCAGUCCCUCACUCAACUGGAACUCCGACCGCUGCGUCCGCCACGACGUGGCAUUUCGACAGUUCUGUUGUCAUGCAAGCCGUCCGGGGUUUGCGCCGCAAAUGUUUCUACUGCGCAAUCUACCUUCGUCAUUACACUGUGGCUCUACCAGUCCAGCUUUCGCCUCCGUUCGUUUCUUCAGCCGGGUUUGCACUCCAAAGACUGGACUCUUGCGCCUGCUUUUCUACUACCCUGGAUAGCUGCAGGUAGAUUAAAAAAAUAUUGUGCCGUAUAUUUACUAUAUUGAAUCAACAAAUGGUUGUAAGAACUGUUCCGUUUUGCAAUAUAUCGUUUUAAGAGGCGUCUUAUGUACAGUAUGUGAAUAUAUGUGGCUCCAUAAUCUCUAUAGCCUAUAUAUUUUCUUGUAUUCAGGAAACUGGAGCGUAGAUGAUGUAAUAGCACGUAUCAUACAAAUGUGGUUAUGCCUGAGAUUUGCUAUGGUUUGCAGUAUAAUUGCUUUUGUGUAUCGGCAAGCGUUGAAGUUCUGUGGUAAUGGAGACGUGUAAUUGUGGGUUCAUUUCUUUUAAACUGACAUGUAUGACUUUGGCGAUGCAUUUUACGCAAAUUUAUUCGAAUCAAAAAUGAAAUAUGGUUUUUGAGUUUGUUGUUAGCUAUACGAAGCUUGAAAAAUGUGUAAUGGCAAGUUUUGAAACUUCACAGCAAGUUUGUGAUGUUAGCGUUCAAAAGUUUUGCUAAGUUUUGCAUUACUUAUUUCAUAUUUCAAUUAAUGUAUCUGUGCAUGUAAAAAGUGAAAUUUACGUAACAAUUCAAUAUUAAAUAUAAUUAUUUUUAAAUUUUUAAGUAGAUCUUUGACCAACUUGGUAGCAACUUCUUAAACAAUGUUUCCUUGUAAAUUUUAAUAUCCCAGUGCAUAUAACUGUUAGUUUUUAUUAUAAGAUAUAGGGCCUGCAUCAGUGCUGAAAUUCUCAUACUUUAAAUCUCUAAGUUGUCAUUACAUUUUAAAACCUUUAACUUGUGGCUUGAAAAUAAAUUUCAGGGCAGUAUGUUUAAUUUUUCAAAAUAAAAUUUUUGAUUUUUUUUUCUUUAAAUGGCUUUUUUAAUAUUUGUGCAUAAAAUUCCAUUCCUGAAACCAUAUUGCACGUCUUAUGAGAUAUUCUUCAAUGUAGUAAUAAAUUAACUGUACCUAUAUUUACCACAAUAAGACUGCAAACAACAGAUCACACAGACAUUGUAGUGUUCCUUGCUGUGGGAAACGAGGUACUGUACAGUUUCAUAGUUCUAAGGCAAAUUGUGAUCUAAAAUAUAUGUUGUGAAAGCGUAUUCUAGCAUGACAGUUACCGAUGCAUAACAGGUGGCAUUCAACUUUUAUUUGGUAAAUUUACCUUCAGUGUUUGACGUUCAUUCAAUAUUUCUUAAUUGUUAUAUGUUCUAAAGUAGAUUUUUUUUAUGAAGCUGAUAAUAUUGAAUGAGUAACACUUAUUUCGCCAUAAGCACGUGCUUUUUAUUAAGUAAAACAAAAACGAAAUUACACAGGUGCGUGUCUCACUUCUGAGAAAUUCUAUGUUUUCGCUAACUUCCAAACACGGCAUACCAAUUUUUGUUAACUAACUUGUCAUAUGUUGUGGCGUUGGUGAAAUAUUUGUUGCUCAAACUUCAGAUUCAAUCAUAAAUGUCCGUCUACUUAUCGUAAAUGAUGUUGCUAUAUUCUAAAUGUCAUAGGCGUUUUCUGUUUAUCUAAAAUUGUAUUCUACAAGUUUUUGAAGCGAUCAUCAUUGUUCAAUUUUUGAGAAUAUGAUUCUUGUAAGUAAUGUAUACUUGUUUCUGUACAUAAUUUGUUAUGUGUAGCCAAAGUUAUUUAAAUAAUUAUGUGUUUAUGAACUUGUUUUGGUAUUUCUUUAUGCUAUAAGAUAAUGUGUAAUAAAAGAGAUUUAUUAAUA